AUGCAAGGCGCCGUGCUGGUCGCCAUCGCGGCGGCCAUCGGCAACCUGCUGCAGGGUUGGGACAACGCCACCAUCGCCGGCGCCGUCCUCUACAUCAAGCGCGAGUUCCACCUCGAGACGCAGCCCGCCCUCGAGGGCCUCGUCGUCGCCACCUCCCUCAUCGGCGCCACCAUCAUCACAACCUUCUCCGGUCCCGUCUCCGACGCCGUCGGACGCCGCCCCAUGCUCAUCGCAUCCUCCCUCCUCUACUUCGCCGGCGGCCUCAUCAUGCUCUGGUCGCCCAACGUGCUCGUUCUCCUCCUCGCGCGCCUCGUCGACGGCUUCGGCGUCGGCCUCGCCGUCACGCUCGUACCCGUCUACAUCUCCGAGACCGCCCCGCCCGAGAUCCGCGGCCUGCUCAACACGCUGCCGCAGUUCACCGGAUCCUUCGGCAUGUUCUUCUCCUACUGCAUGAUCUUCUACAUGACGCUCGGCCCGCAGCCCAGGUGGCGCUUCAUGCUCGGCGUCCUCUCCAUCCCCUCCCUCGCCUACCUCGCCCUCACCGUCCUCUACCUCCCGGAGUCGCCGCGCUGGCUCGUCAGCAAGGGCCGCAUGAAGGAGGCCAGGGCCAUCCUGCAGAUGCUGCGCGGGCGCGACGACGUCUCCGGCGAGAUGGCGCUCCUCGUCGAGGGCCUGGGCAGCGGCGGCGACACGGUCAUCGAGGAGUACGUGCUGGGCCCAGCUUCCGCCGCGGCCGAGGCGGACGCGGAGCACGACACCAGGGACCAGGUCACCCUCUACGGCCCGGAGCAGGGCCUCUCGUGGGUGGCGCAGCAGGUGCAGGGCGCGCGCAGCAGCGUGCUCGGCAGCGCCGUCGAGCUCGCCUCCCGGCAGGGCAGCAUGUACGAGCAGAUGAAGGACCCCGUCGUCACGCUGCUGGGGAGCGUCCACGAGAAGAUGCCCGAGGCCGGCGGCAGCAGCGUGCGGGGCAGCACGCUCUUCCCCAACCUCGGCAGCAUGCUCAGCGUGGCGGAGCGGCCCGGCGACUGGGACGAGGAGAACGUGCCGCCCAACGACGACCUGGACGAGGAGGACGAGGAGGAGUACCUGUCGGACGAGGAGGGCGGUGGCGCGGGCGCCCUUCAGGCGCCGCUGCUGUCGAGGCAGAGCACCGACGUGGAGACGAAGAAGCAGCAGCAGCGGCAGGCUGCUGCUGAGGGCUCGACGAGCGGCAGCAGCGCCAUGCAGCGCUACAGCAGCGUGACGGGCGGCGGGGAGACGGCGAGCACCAUGGGCAUCGGUGGCGGGUGGCAGCUGGCGUGGAAGUGGACGGAGAAGGUGGGUCCCGACGGCGUGAAGCGCGGCGGCGUGAAGAGGAUGUACCUGCACGAGGACGGCGGCGGCGGCGGCGGCGGCGGGGAGUCGGGGCCCGGGGAGUACGUGCACGCGGCGGCGCUGGUGAGCCGGUCCAUGCUCUACACCAAGGACGUGAUGAUCGGGCAGAGCCCGACCCCGGCCUUCGAGAACCCGCCGGAGACGGUGGCGAGCAAGGCGGCGGCGGCGGGCCCCCGGUGGCGCGAGCUGCUGGAGCCGGGAGUGCGGCGCGCGCUCUUCUGCGGCGUCAUGAUCCAGAUCCUGCAGCAGUUCUCCGGCAUCAAUGGCGUGCUGUACUACACGCCCCAGAUCCUUGACCAGGCCGGCGUGAGCGUCCUCCUUGCGAGCCUUGGCCUGAGCGCCGACUCCACCUCCAUCCUCAUCAGCGGCCUGACGACGCUGCUGAUGCUCCCCAGCAUCGGCCUGGCCAUGCGCCUCAUGGACGUCUCCGGCCGCCGCACCCUGCUGCUCUGGACCAUCCCCGUGCUCAUCGCCUCGCUCGUCGUGCUCAUCGUCGCCAACGUGGUGCCCAUGGCCACCACCGUGCACGCCGCGCUCUCCACCGGCAGCGUCAUCGUCUAUUUCUGUUGCUUCGUCAUGGGCUUCGGCCCCAUCCCCAACAUCCUGUGCGCCGAGAUCUUCCCCACCCGCGUCAGGGGGCUCUGCAUCGCCAUCUGCUCCCUCACCUUCUGGCUCGGGGACAUCGCCGUCACCUACUCGCUGCCCGUCAUGCUCAGCUCCGUCGGGCUCGCCGGGGUCUUCGGCUUCUACGCCGUCGUCUGCUGCCUCGCGCUCAUCUUCGUCUAUAUCAAGGUGCCAGAGACCAAGGGAUUCCCGCUCGAGGUCAUCAUCGAGUUCUUCAACAUCGGAGCAAAGGCAACGGCCGAACAGGAACAGCAGCCGCAGCUAGGAUAA